AUGGCAGCCGUCGAGUACCAGGUCUCAGCGCUUCCAAAGCCGUUUGAGCAAUCGGCAGUCGAUUUCGGCGCCGAGCUUUCUGGGAUUGACCUUGAACAUAUUGAUGAUGAAAGCUUCAAAGUCAUCAGAGAAGCCCUCUAUACCAACAAUGUCGUCCUGAUCAAAAACCAGCACAACCUCUCCCCAAAAGCCCAGUACGAACUCACCCGCCGCUUCGACCCGGACGCCAGCACCUACAGCCACGGCGCCCGCAUCGACAAGCGCAGCGUUCUCCACAAAGACCUCACGACGCUGCCGUCCCAGCCGCAAGUGCAGGUCAUCGGCCACGGCGCCGUUGCCGCGUUCGAGGGGCUCACGGACCUGAAGCUCACCCACCCGCAUCACAGGACGUUCCACAAGCACCCCGUGCCGGAGGCCGAGGACCAUGACUUUACGCACUUUUACCGGUGGCACAUUGACUCUGCUAUGUAUGAUCUGGACCCGCCGCUCGUAACGUCGCUUUUCGCGUGUAAGGUGCCCAAGGGGCGGCGGCAGAUCUGUCGGUACGACGACGGGACCGGGGACGAGCUCGAGGUGCCUUUGGGAACGACAGCUUUCAUUAGUGGAUACCGCAUGUUUGAAUUGCUGUCGGAGGAGGAUCAGGAAUUCGUCAAGUCCAGCUUCGUCGAGUAUGGCCCGCAUCCGUACAUCUGGAUGAGUAAGGCCAAGGCGCGGUCAAACGGGCUGGGGCUCUUUUCGGAAGGCCUGGAGCUAUCCGAAGACCAGCUGCCUGAGAUUGAUCAGGAGAAGAUUCGAAAGUACCCGAUGGCGUGGAAGAACCCGGUGACAGGGAAGUUUGCCAUGAUGGUAUACCCGACGCCUGCGCGAAGGAUCCAUCUCAAAGACGGGACCGUCAUGGAUGACUUGAAAGAGGUGCGGAAGUUGAUUUACAGGCUGCAGAGACCAGCUAUCAGCCCGCAGUAUGUGUAUCCCCAUGAUUGGGAGGAGGGCGAUCUCGUUCUCUUCAACAACCACGGUGUUAUGCAUUCCAUUGUAGGAGCUUUUGCAGAGAACGAGGUUCUUCUGUAUAUGGUUUAA